AAAUAUGGUUCAAAGGCACAAGAGGAAAGGGCAGGGUGAACACUGGGCUGCCAGAGCCAGGUACCAGCACUGAGACUGCAAUGGCGUGGUGGAAGGCCUGGAGUGAAGAAGAGGGCAAGGUUGUGACCGGUGCUUUAAACUUUGACCCCACGCCUGAUGCUCAGAUUCUGUACAAGGCCAUGAAAGGGCUUGGGACUGAUGAACAAGCUAUAAUUGAUGUCCUAACCAAGAGGAGCAAUAUGCAGCGUCAACAGAUUGCCAAAUCCUUCAAAGCACAGUUUGGAAAGGACCUGAUUGAAAGCCUGAAGUCUGAACUGAGUGGUGACUUUGAGAGGCUCAUGGUAGCCCUCAUGUACUCCCCGUUCAAGUAUGAUGCUAAGGAGCUCCAUGAUGCCAUGAAGGGUGCAGGAACAAGUGAAGAUGUUAUCAUAGAGAUCCUGGCAUCCCGGACAAAAGCGCAGAUCAAAGAGAUAAUCAAGGCGUACAAAGAAGAAUACGGUUCUGAUCUGGAAGACGACAUAAAAUCGGAAACAAGUGGCUACUUUGAACAGAUUCUGGUUUGCCUUCUUCAGGGUGAGAGGGACAAUGCCACCCUCUACGUGGACACAGCACAGGCUCUCCAGGAUGCAGAGACUCUCUAUGCUGCUGGGGAGAAGAUUCGGGGCACUGACGAGAUACAGUUCAUCACCAUCUUGUGCACAAGGAGUGCCACGCACUUGCUGAAAGUGUUUGAAGAAUACCAGAAACUGGCCGGUAAGAGCAUAGAAGACUCUAUCAGGAGUGAAACUAAUGGUUCACUUGAGGAUGCCAUGCUGGCUAUUGUAAAAUGCACCAGGAACAUCCGUUGCUACUUUGCAGAGAGGCUGUACCAUGCUUUAAAGGGGGCUGGCACCCGUGACGGGACUCUCAUAAGGGUGAUUGUUUCUCGAAGUGAAGUUGACCUAAACCUUAUAAAGGUUGAAUUCAAGCAGAUCGCAGGAAAAUCUCUCUCCAGUAUGAUUGUGGAUGACACCAGUGGGGAUUACAAGACAGCUUUACUCAAUCUCUGUGGCAGUGACUGACGAAAUCUAGGAGGAAGACACUGAAACGGAUACAGCGGGGAAACUAACAGUGAACAAGAGUCUGCAAAUGCACAUGUAGAAAAAUCUUUCUAUUGAUCCGAGUGGGGAUAAAAAGAAGAUUAAAUUAAUGAUCAAGGUUUCCAAAGGUCUCUGAAGGAUGUGGGUUCUCAUUACACAUUAAAAUCUAUUC